AUGCCAACAUUUCAUAAAGAUCCAUUAAAACGUUUACUUGCUGAUGUACGAGCACAUGAAGAUGAAAGACGAAAACGACAAGAAAAACAUGAAAUAGCAUAUCAACAAGCAUUAGUAGCAACGCGUGAAAAAAUCAAACAAACUGAAGGACCAGAUAUGAAAGAACGUUUACAAGAUCAAAUUCGUCAAUGGUUUAUUGAAUGCAGAAAUGUUUCACAAAAAUUUCCCGAUUUUCCUGAUGAAGAUGAUGGUGGUUCAAAUAAAAUUUUUGAGAAAAAGACUGUUGAAGAAAUUCAAGAAGAUCUUGAUGCUAAACUUGAAAGUAAAGGCAAAGGAAAAGGUGAUAAAAAAGGCAAAAAAGGAAAAAAAGGCAAGAAAGAAAAGAAAGGAAAGAAAGGCAAAAAAGGCAAGAAAAAGAAGAAAGGAGAUGAUGAAGAAGGUUGGACAUUACCAGAAUCUCAAUUUGUUACUGAGAUGAUGAAACCAUCAACACAAACAUAUCAAAGUUUUUGGGAAACAAGAGAUGAAAGUAAUAAUUUUGAACAAAAUCAUGAUAAUGAAAUAGUUAAAGAAGAAAAACGCACUGAAGUUCAAGAAGAAAUACGUAUUGAAGUUGAUGCUUUAAUGCGUGAAGAAUUAAAAAAUUUAAAAGCGAAAGCAAAAAAGAAAAAGAAGAAGAAAGAAAAAGAUUUAACACCAGAUCGAACAAUUGAGUCUCUAUAUGAAGAACUUGUUAUGAAUCGUAUUAUAAUUCGUCCACCAAAAGUUACUCUUAAUGAUUUUCUUGGCGAUUUUAAUUAUUUACCAAGUCUUAUUCGUCAAGCUAAACAUGAACCAAUGCCAACAAUGUACGAUGUUAAACAAUUAACUGCCUUAUAUGGAAUUUUACCAUUCGGAUCAGAAAAAGUUCAUGAAAUAGCACCUCAAGUAAAAGGUCUUCUUAUUUGUGGACCUCGAGGAUGUGGUAAACAUAUGUUAUUACACGCUAUAUGUAAUGAAUUAGGUGCAAAUUUAUUUGAUAUAUCACCACAAAAUAUUUAUGAAACAUAUCGUGAAAAAGAAGGUAUUAAAAUGCUUAUGCAUUUAUGUUCAAAAGUUGGAAAAGCUUUACAACCAACUGUAAUUUUUAUUAAUGAUUGUGAAAAAUUAUUUAAAAAAAAAUUAAAACCAGAAGAAAAACAAUUUGAACCAAAACGCUUAGCUAAAGCAUUACCAAAAUGGCUUAAGACAAUCAAACCUGGAGAUCGAGUUUUAUUAGUUGGAAUAUCACAUGAACCAUAUCAAGGUGUUGUCAAACCAAUGAUGAAAGCUUUUCAACGUGUUAUUUUAUUACCACGUCCUGAAUAUGGAACUCGUUUAUUACUAUGGAAAACGCUGAUUCCUAAAUAUGGUGGUAUAAUAACGCCAGCACUUGACUUAACAUCAUUAGCAAAACUAUCAGAUUCAUAUGCACCUGGACAUAUUCAUGAUACAAUUGUUGAAACAUUGACUGAACGACGUCUUGUUAAAAUGUCUAAACAUCCAUUACAAGCAAGUGAUUUUAUACCUGGUUUAGCACAUCAUAAUGCUAUUUAUAAAGAAGAAGAAGAUGCUUAUAAAAGUUGGUGGAAAAAAACUCCAUUGGGUAAAAAGCGUGAACGAUUCUUAGAAGAUCAAGAAGAAGGCGGAGGUGAUGGUAAAGGAAAAAAAGACAAAAAAGGAGGUGGUAAAGGGAAAGGCAAAAAGGGAAAAGGCAAAAAGAAAAAAUAA